CUGAAACCAUCCUUCUGCCUUUAAUAUCCGAGUUCCUUUCCUUCCGAAGAAGGAUAGCAGAUCCCGUUCAUAAAUUCGGUUAGUUUGCUUUCAUCCAAUGAGAGGGAAACAAGGAAAAGGGGAAAUAAAAGAGAGCCUCCCGCCUCUCUUACCGCACACUUACCACGCCGGAGUCUCCGAAGACUCCCAUGCACUCGUGGAUCAAUGAUAGCCAUCUAACGUGACACGUCACGUUGCAAAAUCGUAGUCCAAUAUGUACUCGCGACCCCGUCUGUUAUUUUUUAUGACUUUAUUUCUUUGAUUUGUGGUGAGUUUAUUAAGCUUAUUAGCAAAACAAAGGGGAGAUGACAAAUAUAUUUUUCGAUAAUUUUUUCGCAAAGUUACACAUAUAUGUGAAGUAAAUAUUUGUAAAACUUAUAACCUUUGCUCUUAGGUAUUACUGUUUAGUAUUGAUCAAUUUCAUUGACACAAAGCGAAUACGUAGGAACGAGUACUGCUUAAAUCUAGUAGGAUGGAUGUAUUAAUUUUUGAAUUAAUUAAUUGUUGUAUCAUCGUAUUGCGUAAGAGCAGUCUCGUGCAAGUGUACGUAGUUAGUAGCGUGUGUACGAGGUUAGGAGCAACUGCCAGGCGUACUUUUUUAUACAUCGGUGAGCAGCUUCUGGCAAUCGACUGCAAUUCUCUAAAAGGACGCAAUGCCAAUAAGAAACCACUGUAAGGGGUAUCGCACUGCAAUCGGCAUAAACUCUUCUGCGUAUGAUGCCAUCAAACGCGUGGGCGUAUGAAUUGUUUGAUUAUAUACAGAUGUUCGUUUAUUUUCUGGCCAUGAAAACAACGUAAAUUGUUUUACACGCGAAUCUCGAAGAUUCACGUUUUCACGAUAAUCCUUGUUAAUGAAUUGGGAGCUAUGAGAUUGCCUUAAAUACAUAUAUAUAUAUAUAUAUAUAUAUAUAUACUUAGAUAGACUUCAUUUUUAAAUGCGUACGUACAAGUUUAAUACCUCGCGCAAAGCUUUCGAAGGCAUUACUAAAUUGUUACAUUAACAACAGAUUUAGUAAAAAUAAUUGGAAAAGAUCGUAUUGUGAUCGUGUUCUAUCAAUCACGAUAGAUUGCAUCAGAGGUUCGCGAUUUGUUUCGCAAAGUAUCUAACACGCAAUGGAUCUCAAUUAAGCAUCACUGUAUAGCGUAUUCGAGCUGACAGACGAUUGGUAAUGAUCCAUUAACACUAUUAAAAAUGUGGGACAAUGUCUCAGUGCAGCUAUUAAUUAGUUUACGAACGCUCAGUAUAACAUUUUCAUCGGUAGAGUAAGCCGACGGACGUACAUUUGUCUCCUCGAUAAUCAAAUCGCUAAUUGACUGGCUUCUGCGAUACUUACUUCAAUUUCAGCAAACUCGUUUACGUAUUACAAAAAUUUUAUCACACAUAAUCAUGUGGGACAACGAUGAUAUGCAAGAAAUUGACCUUAGCAAGGACCAGCUUAAACAUCUUCGAAUGGCAUUCGACACAUUCGAUCCCGAAAAGAAAGGUGCGAUUCAAACCACGAUGAUCCCAACGAUUUUGGAAAUGUUAGGACACGAAGUUAGAGGUGUCAAUUUGCAAGAAAUGAUCGCUACCUACGACUUAUGGGGAUCGGGCGAGUUGAAAUUCGAAGAAUUCUCAAAAUUAGCAUCUCGUUUUAUGGAAGAGGACACGGACACGGAAGCCGUAAAGGAGGAACUUCGAGAAGCUUUCCGAAUUUACGACAAGGAAGGAAACGGUUAUAUCACUACCGAUGUCUUCAGAGACAUUCUUCAUGAGCUGGACGACCAACUAUCUCCGGAGGAACUUGACAUGAUUAUAGAAGAGGUGGACACUGAUGGAUCUGGCACGCUCGACUUCGAAGAAUUCAUGGAGGUCAUGACGGGAUAAAUUAUGAGCUUCUCGCCCGAAUUAGCAAAUCCUACCAAUGCGGUCGAGGGAGAAACAUCGUGUCACGUGUAUAGAUAGGGACGAGCACGAUUUAUUAUAGUUGUGUGUGAACAUGACUGGUUAUCAAAGUGUGUAUGUAUGUGCGCGUGUAUGAGUGUGCGUUCAGUAGCACGUUCCUUGGGCAACUACUAUAUAAAGUUCGAUUAUACACAGGUCGCGCCUUUCAUUUUCCAGGAUUGAUUGUGGAGUUUUCACAAGCACCUCUUGAAAGGUCUUUGAUGUCUUUAGAAAUACGUCUUGGUGCAUUUAACGAAGUUGAAAUUUGCUGAAAUUAUUAUAUAUAGCUUGCUCAGGAAACGUGUAGAUACGCGAAACAAUCAUCAUAUAUCUAUGAUACGUAAUAUAUUUUCAACUAAAGUGAACUUUCGAAUUAAAUUACUCUUACUUAAAAUGAAAAAAUAUAUGUUAAUUAGAAAAAAUUUAAUAAAGAGAAACAUCGUAAAUCGUAAA